AUGCGGAAGAAGGCUCUAGGUGUUUCGUCAGGGAUAGACAACCUCGGAGCCAUGCAACCUCAUCUCGUCAUCUGCUGGUUCAUCACGUGUGUUGUCGUAUUCCUUUGUAUCAUGAAAGGAAUCAAAUCUCUGGGAAAGGUGUUAUAUGUGACAGCGUUGAUGCCAUACUUCUUGCUGUUGGUGCUGCUGGUGAGGUCGUGCACGAUGCCAGGUGCUGUGGAUGGAAUUCUCUUCUACCUGACCCCAGACUUCAGCCUCCUCCGGCAUCCACAGGUGUGGCUUGAAGCGCUGAUUCAAGUGUUCUUCUCAGUUGGUACAACCUGGGGUGUCAUUAUUGCCAUGGCAGGACACAAUUCGUUUCAUGCAAAUCUGAUCAGAGACCCUAUCAUCGUAACGGUGACUGGCGAAUUGACCAGUCUUUUUGCUGGUUUUGUGGUCUUCGCAACAGUUGGGUUCUUGGCUCAUGAUCUCCAGCUGCCUGUAUCUGACGUGAUCAUACCAGGGCCUGGCAUCGCCUUCAUUAUCUACCCAGAAGCAGUUGCACUACUGCCUCUACCUCAGCUGUGGUCUGUCCUGUUCUUCACCACAAUGCUCAUGAUGUCCAUCGACUCAGUGGGCGGAGUGUACGUGUUCCAGCUGGUGGACUGGUACAUGGGAACAGUAGCCUGUUUCGUCAUGGCCAUACUGGAGUGUGGCAUUGUUGGGUGGUGUUACGGCGCUAAACGUUUCUCAUCUGACGUGGAGGCCAUGAUUGGAAAACGCCUGCCAGUUAUCUUCAGGAUAGUGUGUUUCAUCGUCCUCCCAGCUCUGAUAACUGUGGCUCUUGUUUCUACUCUGGCUUCCUACAAGCCUCCCACAUACGGCGAGUACAACUACCCAAAAGCUGCUGUUGGUGUCGGCUGGUUUAUAGCAAUGGUGACCAUCCUUCCGAUCCCAGUUGUAAUGGUGAUACAAAUACUCAAGGCGGAAGGAUCUUUUGUUCAGCGAGUGAAAUCAGCAAUGAAGCCCAGCUCUGCCUGGCCAGACUCAAGACUGAGACAUAGUUUGAAGGACACGGCAGAGUCGGUGAAGGACAACUUCCUUUUUAUCAUCGGACUGAAAUAA